GAAAAUACGAAGCCAAAACGAACGAGGUACGAAUCCAUAUUUACAUAUAUAUACAUAAAAGCAUUAAAUUAUUUUGUCGGGAAAACGCGUGAAAAAUUGGAUAAAAAAGCAAAAUUGUGCGUAAAAAGUGUUCUCUGGCAUUAGAUUAGCUAAUACGGAUUCCAUUUAUGGCCACAGAGUGUGCGAAUUGCGUGGAAAAGGGCGUGCAAAUGGGGGCGUAGGAGAUUUCGGAGUGCGACUUGUGCAAAAAAAGUGUUCGUGCGAAUUUAAUGGAAAAUUUUCGCAGAAUAAUCGUCUCGGAGACAGCAAUUGUGUUAUCUGAGCGUUCCGCUGGCAUUUCCCACAGUAUUGGGCUACUGGAGUUGAUGGCACAUCUAUAAAUAUACCGGAUAAAUGGGAUGUUUGCCUUGGGUGCACGAUUGACAGAUUGACGAGGAUUUGCUUUGAUUUCUGGGAAAAACUCACAGAGCUCUCCCGCACCAGUCCCACUCGUUCGUUAUAUAAGAAUAUUCUAUUGAUUUUGUUCUGCUUACCCGUACAUCCAGACAAUCGCUGCCGUGCAGGGCAUUUGCGGGGGUCUCUUCCACCACUCUUGGCAAACUCUUCACACACAGAGAGACCCAUCCGGACAUAACCUCAAAGAUGGUGAGUGACCAAAAAAGGCGCCCGAGGAUUUGCCGGAAUUGCAGCAUUUAAGAUUUGCCCACAGGGUGGAAUUGGCUAUUAGAGCGUAAUGUACACCGUACAGAGGGACAUGGAAGUGGACACGGGAUCGGAGUGUUCGCAAAAUACCUCAGAAUCCCACAAUACGUCCGCAAGUUCCUCAACGAGACGCUCAGAGGAGAGUGCCGAGGAUGCGGGUGAGCCCCUUGAGUCAGCAACAAUACUCAAACAACGACUGAACCUGCCCAAGGGACUCUGUGAGAGUGAGAGCAUCUUCAAUGAGUUCUUCUCCGACAAAAUGUGGAAUACCCUCACGAAUGACAUGCGAACGUACCUCGUGGACAACUUCUUGCCCAAAUUCCCGGGAAAUGAUGAACAUGAGAAGGACAUUACGCUCCAGAUGAUCUUCAAUCGGGAACCAUUUCGUUUCGGUUCAUCGCCCCUUGUGGAUUUCCAGCGGAAUCUCGAGGAGGGUAACUUCCGGCCCGACAUUGUCAACUACCGCAACAGUAUUCUCAGAUCACAGCGCCGGGAGCAGCGCUACCAGGAGUGCGAACGUAUCAGUCGCAUUGCCAAGACGACGCUCCUGUCGCGUGAGAAGCUCCUUCGGUUGGCCUACGAUUCCCCUCCGGGAGCGUCUCUACGGCCCACCGGGGAAGCUGUGUCCAAUGAUGUCACCAAAUUUGGGGGCACAGCUGCAGCAGUCGUGAGGGCAAAGAAGCGCUAUCAUCAGGAAAUCUCCACAAUGGCCAAGGAAAUUGGUAUCCCCGUUUCGGAUGAUGAGGAUUUCCUCGAAGCUGGACCUUCGGCAACACCCUCUGCGGCACGUAAACAGAAACGUACCCUUAGUUUCAGUUCUGGACCCGUUAGUCCCAGUGCUGAACCUAAAAUUGUCAGCACUUUCACCCACCGAUUCACCACGGGAGACCACAAUCUCCAUCAAGGAGCCCCAGCUGGUAUUCCAGCACCCUCCGAAGACACCUACAGAGUGAUGCUGUAUCAGCACAAGAAGAGGAAACUUCGGGAAGUAGAUCAUCCGGAAUUGGAUGUGAGUGAGGUGAAGCUGAAGGAUAUCUAUGCAAGGACACAGCUGUCUGUGGGCUAUAGAAGAAUUACGCCAAAUAGUGGAAAAGUAGCCAUUGGUACGAAGAAGAGUGCCCUGGCGAAGUUGAAGCAGGACAUUGCAGCUGCUCCCCUUCCGGGAAUGCAAAUUCAAACGUCCGGGAAUGUCACAAAGCCCCCACAGCCAACACCGGCAACACCAACUCUCUACAAAUCACCUUCACUCCUGAUGACGGUGAAGAGUGAGGAGGAGUUGAUUGUGAAGACGGAACCAGAGCUCCUUUAUACAACAUCCUCACAUGAAUCAAUCGGGAAGCUACCAAAUGUUGAGAGGAAGAAGAUUAUCGUGAAGAAGAGACCAAAUAGUGUCAGUCCGGGGAUUGGUGGUGUGGCCAAGAAGAAGGUGACAGCUGCCAAUGGAAGCAUUGUACCCGCAAAUGCGAUGAUGCACGUAAAAGUGGAAGAUGAGGAGGAGGAUCUUUGUGGUGUGGUUAAGAUUGAGGAGGCAAGGAUGAGUGAGAUGGCAUCAGGAAAUCAUUCUCAGAUGUUCGGCAAGGUGAAGCCAGCAACAUUGAGUGAUCUCGAGGGUAUUGACAUGAUGCACCUCCCUGUGGAUCUUGACACCUCAAGUCACAUUGAUAUCCUCAAUGACAUUGCCGAUGAGGCUAAUUGCUCGCCGGAACUCAUGCAGGAGACCCACGCGUGCUUUCUCUCCCUCAUCCGGGAUAUCUUCUGUGCCACACCUGAUCAUCGGAUGGCAAUGGAUAAUCUGCAGCGGAAGAUCGCCACGUGGCUGGGUAAUCCAAUCACCCCUCUCAAUGAUUGGUACUCUCUGUGUGACAAUUGGCUCAAUCAACUACCGUCGGUCAUUCACUUCCUCGCUGGGGAGUUUGUGGAUCAACCCGAGGACUAUGUGCCCUACCUCGAGUACAAAGUCAAUUUGGACAUUUAUCAGUGGAUUGGAGCGGGGAGAGAUACAGAUCAGCACCUCAUUCCCCUCUGUGCCUACUGGUUGAGUAGGAAGCACGAAAUGGGGACGCGUCCGACACCGCCGAAGCUGGAGAAGACGCGCAGUUCGAGCUUUAGUGAUGGCGAAGAGAUGAGUGGGGGUGCAAUGGCACCGGAAAAGCCCGUGUCUCCGCCACCACCACGCUGCCCAACUGCGUGGACGGUGCAGAAAGCGUCAGAUGAUGAAAUUGAGGAAUUCCGUCGGCAGGAGAGGUUGCGUUUUGACAAUCCCCACAUGGCAUUCACGUACAGAAUGCACGGGUAUGAGAGCGUUGUGGGCCCAGUUAAGGGGAUCUACACGCAAGUUCCGGGCGUGAGUAAAGCCAGACUGCACAACAUGCUGACGAGAGAUCGACCAAAUUUCGUGACAAUCCUCACACUUGUGCGUGACGCAACGGCACGUCUGCCCAAUGGCGAGGGUACCCGGGCGGAUAUUUGUGAAUUGCUCAAGAGCAGCCAGUACCUGAAUCCCGCGGCCCAGGAUAAUGUUUUGCAGACAAUUGUGAGUGGGGCACUCGAUAGGAUGCACACGGAGCACGAUCCGUGCGUGCGAUUCGAUUCGAAGCGUAAAAUAUGGAUUUACCUGCAUCGUGAUCGGUCGGAGGAUGAAUUUGAUCGGUUGCACCAGCAGCAGCAGGGAAUGUCGAAGCCAAAGAAGGUCCCAAGUAGGAGUAAGCUGAAACCCACCACGGGGAGGGUUAUUUCCGGCAAGAGUCCACCCAGCAAUAGUCAUGUGAAUGUGCUGAAGAGUGUCUCACCGGGUGGUGUACAGACGUCGGUUGUUGUGACAGCUGGGAAGAUUAUUAGAUCACCGCAAAAGAUGCCAGGACUACCGCAGGUGGUGGCAAAGGCACAGCAACUUCCAGCUUUGAGUACAAUUCAAUCGAAUGCGGUGAAUCAAUUACCCGUAGCAUCGGGUAUGCCGCCGCUCUUGAACAAAAUCUCCCCGCAUCGUUCUGUUGUGAAGGCAGAACUUGUGCCCAUUAAGGGUAUUCCUCCCCUGACCACGGAUAAAAACCAAAUAGAGCACAUUGAUGUCGAAGCGAGCCUCGAGGCACACACGACACCCGUUCUCAUUAAUAAAUCAUCCCUCCAGAGUGUUCCGGGACUCGUGCAGAAGACCCCCAUUGGUGCCCCAUCGCCAACAACAUCCGUCAAAGUGUCCACAUCGAGUGGCAUUCAAACGGUGCAUGUUUCAGUGGCAACCACAACGCAUGGGAAUGUUUCGCGCCCACUGACGUCCCUCCUGGCCAAUUCAGCUGCUCAGUCUGUGCUGAUGAAUCAGCAGAAUCGCGCCCAGAGCCCCAAUGUGGUGGGAAGAAUUAAGAAGGCAGCAAUUCCUCCGGGAAAACAACCAAUUCUCAUUCAGAAUCCCAACAAGGCUCCACCGCUUCUCACCCAAACCUCCAGCAGUGGUCAGAGCUACAUAAUCCCCUUCAAUCUCGCCAACACCAGUGGGGAACCAACUCUCGCGAAGGUUAUCAGUUCCCUCCCGGCUACCACAGUGGCGGGGAUGAAUCCGAAAUUGGUGAAAACAUCAAUUCCGCCAGCACUGACGAGCACUCUGGGCGAUAAGGCGGCAAGUUCAUCGUUGCUGGGGAAGAAUGCGAUUCGCGUGGGGAAUACAAUGGCGACCAAGAGUCUCAUAAAUCCGGCUGUGAUCUCAUUGCAUCAGCAGAAGGUACCGACAGCGGUGUCAACGGUAACGAAGGCAUCGACGCUGCAAAAGGGAGGUGCUCUGAGUGUGGUGAGUGGUAUUGUGUCGUCAUCACCAACGGGUAUUGUAAAGGGGCAACAGCAGCAACUGACACCAACGCAGCAGAAGCAAAUCCUGCAGAAUAUCAUUGCACAGCAGCAGCAACAGAAACGUCUCGUUCAGAAUGCCGUUGUUGUGUCCGGCAGUGGGCAGGCGACGCAGCAGCAACUGAAAUCCAUCAUUGUGGCCGCCAAUCAGGCUCAGGGGGCAACGGGGAGUAUCGUGAAGAUUGUCACGAGUACAGUUCCCGUGACAACGGGUACAAAUACCGUCAGUAUGCCCGGUGGGAGUCUCAUAAAUCCCCAAAUAAUUCAAAUUCAGCAAACAAGUGGUGGGCAAAAUGGUUCAAAGAUGCAGACAAUGUCUACGGCAAAUCUGACACCGCAGCAGCAGCAGAAUCUCUUCAAUACCCUCCGGCAGCAGCAGCUAAAGGGUCAGAAUCUGCAGGCAAAUCAACCAGCUGGAAGGCAACAAUCUCUCAUUAUAAAACAACAUCCAAUGCUGCAGAUUCAACAGAAGGGUCAAGUAGCAACUUCCCAGGCAUCCCAAUCAAGUGUUGUGGAUAAAGUAACGUCUGUUGUGACAACAGCCACAACGACAAUUGUUUCAUCCGCCGUGACACAGACAAUGGCAAGGAAACCCACAACAGUUGCCACUGUACGCCCGGCAACAACUGUCACGAGCCCCCUGAAGGUGCUAACAAACCAAAGUGGUCAACUUAUAUCGCUGGAAAGUCUACUGCAGAAGCAGGGCAUUGGAACACCCAUCAGGGUAGCUGGUGCCAAGGCGGGUCAGACGAAUCUCAUUCAAUUGGCCGGUGCGCCUGGAUCGCAUAUUACACAGUACGCCGUGGUAUCACCGGCAAGGAAUAUAAUUUCCGUUGCAACGCCCCAGCGUGUUGUGGCGUCUGCGGUGACGACAACAGCUGCCACGGCACGUAUGAAAGUUGCCACCGCAACGGCAGUUAGUGCUGGGGAGAGUGGACAACCGAAGCUACUCACGCAGAAAGUCACAGCAGCACCCACGGGGGUAACAAAAGCCGUUGCACCAUCCCAAGCGAUGGUUAAUGCCAAACUUUUGGGUGUGCAGAACAUUGCAGCGGGAAAGAUGAAACCAGGAAUCAGGAUGGUGAAUGCAUCGAACCUGAAUAUUGCUCACAUCGGAGGGAAACCGGUGAUAAUUGCAAGUAAAUCCGCAACACCUGGACAAAGUGGGCAGACACAGGGGGUGAUUCUGCAGAGUACAGCCGGGACAAAUGGUGCCAAUCUCGUGAUCGGUGGGCAGACACUCAAAGUACAGAGUAACAGCUUAAAUCUCAUCAGUCCAACCAGUUCGAAUGCACAGACCGUCAUGAUUGGGAAUCAACUGGUGAAGGUGCAGCAGCCACAGCAAAUUUCCGGGGAGGCUUCUACGACGAAUAGUAUCACUGCUACGGGAUCCCCCGUGGCAGCUGCAUCCGGGAGCCAGGCGGCAAAAAUUAUUGCUUCAUCGAGUCAAGCAUCCCCACAGACUGCCGUGAAGGUACAAGCCGCACAGGUUGAGCCGCAGCAGCAACAAUCACAGAUGAUUCUUGGUGCGCAGGUGAAGAAGGCUAAUGUGGUGAAAGGACCCAGUGGAGGAGCUCCUGGGCAACAGAGGGUAGUCCUUGCGCUACAGAGUGGUGGACAAAUCCUCCUACCGCCGGGUUUUCAGGGAGGAUCAAUCAAUUUGAAAACUCUCCAAGGACUCAAGAUGAUCUCAAUCCCGCAACAGCAGCAGCAACAGCAACCGCAACAGCCGCAGCAAUCACCUCAAGCAACACAGGCCAAAGGGAAGAGUGGAUAGGAAAUGACGUAGACGGAGAGAUCCGAGGAUGUUUGUAAUAUUGUGUGGUGAAGUGUGUGACAAAGUGAGUGUUCUCAAAUGAUCUCUUUUUUUCCCUAUGAAUUGUUUCUGUUCUUAACUUUUAUUUUUAAAAUCGUACCCCUUGACCCUAAUGAAAAACUUCCGUUUUCCCCCCAUCGUGUAUCCCUCGUAAAUGCAUUUCCAACAAAAGAAAAAAACAAGGAGAAUUUAUUCUUUUCCUCCUUUUAUCUACUUACCAACAGAAAAAACAACAACAACAAAAAGAUGAAAAAGAACAAAAAAGAACCCAAAUAGUGACUCAAAUAUUUGUAAAUAUUUCCUUUUUUAUAUAUAUAGGUCGUGUAUAAAAGUGAGAGUAAAACAAAAAGAGUUUUAAAAUAGCACCCUAAACACACAAGAAGGUUUAAAUGAAAAGAAGAUUAAAGAAAACUGAAGGACACACAUUUUUAUUUCCUAAAUUAAUUUAUAAAUUAAUUUAACCUAAAUACGAUCAACAUAAUAGAAUUUUUAAGAGGAAUGAAAAAAAGUUGAAGGACUUUCGCGGAAUGUGUGAGAGACGAAACACAUCCAAAACCAGUGAAUAAAAUUUAGGAAAUGAGAUGAAAAA